AUGGACUUCUGCAUUGGGGUCAUCUCUCACCAUGACAUUCUCCUCCACUUCCACCGUCACCUAAACCGCCUUCUCCUCGACCGUUGGUCCAAAAACAUCGACAGUAUUCCGACAACAUCACCAGCCAUUGGCAACUUCUCCCUCCUUGGAGACGAAAUCCCCCAAAAUUACCACCUAGUUGGGAUUGAUGUUGGCAAAGUCUGGUCAUCAACGACCGAUCCGUCGGCGAUGACGAGGUCCACGACUUGUCUCCCCUCCUUAGCAUCUGUUGGAAUCCUUGUCAUUGUCAUGAAUCUAGACGGAGGAGACCGAUGA